CAGGGAUGCGACCUACCUGGGGGGAUCUGCUGGGACCCAUGGUGCCUGCGCAUAUCGGUGGCAGGGUGGCCUCGCUGAGGGCGCCCGGCGUUGCCCUCAUGGCCGGAGACUGGAGAGAGCAAGGCCCAACAGAUAAGAAGCUGGAUCUAGUGAAGCCAUCGUGUGCAGGGGCACUGGUGUUACAUACUGAUCAGAAGAUGGAGGACAAAAUUGUGGACGAGCCCUUCAAGAUCAGCUUAGAGGGGGCGAGCGCCCCUAAAGACCAGCGGCCUGUGGCCUCGACACCUGUUCCUGGGUCUCCCUGGUGUGUUGUGUGGACAGGUGAUGACAGGGUGUUCUUCUUCAAUCCUACAAUGCAACUGUCAGUCUGGGAAAAGCCCAUGGAUUUAAAAGACCGUGGAGAUCUUAAGAGGAUUAUGGAAGAUCCCCCACAUAAACGCAAGAAAGAAUCAUCAUCAAAGGAUGGCUCGAGUUCCCCAUCAGCUGAUGAUGAUGAUGAUGAUGAUGAUGAUGAUGAAGAUGAGCACAACUCAAAGACCAAAAGGAACAAGGUAGAGGAACCUGGGGACAGUGGGAUGAAUGGCACGGACAAAGAACCAACAACACUCAGUGGAACUUCACCCACUCACAUAGUUCUGCCUUUGGAACUUCGCAUAGCACACUUCAGGGACAUGCUGCUUGAAAGAGGGGUGUCAGCAUUCUCUUCCUGGGAAAAGGAGCUUCACAAAAUUGUAUUUGAUCCAAGAUACCUCCUUUUGAGCUCAGAGGAACGCAAACAGAUUUUCGAUCAGUUUGUCAAAGCCCGGAUAAAGGAGGAACACAAGGAAAGAAAGAGCAAAUUGCAGCAAGCUAAAGAAGAGUACCGCAAACUCCUUGAAGAGUCAAAGAUUACCUCCAGGUCAACCUUCAAAGAGUUCUCGGAGAAGUAUGCUCGAGACCAGCGUUUUAAACAGGUGCUGAAGAAAAAAGACCAGGAGCUAUUCUUCAACCAGUUUGUCAACGCACUGAAAAAACGAGACAAGGAGAACCGCAUGAGACUGAGGAAGAUGAGAUGAGAGGGCAAGCACCGCCAGGCGUUUCAACUGAGCCAUGCAGAUUACUGUAAAGAGAGAGCUGACCGCUUAGAUAAACAAACAGACAACGCAUCCAUGGCUGACAUCUCUCCUAAUAGACGAGCAUGCGGUGAAGGCUAACGUUGGAGCAAUGCUAUGCCCCAGCUCUUUUUGCUCUAGGACCUGAGCCUGGGCUGUCUAUCCCAACAAAAAGUGAAUGAACUCUCAGAUAUGUGAUCAGAUGUGUUUCAUAUUGAAGCUCGAAUGUUGAAAGUCAGUGUUUCACCUGUUUGAGUCAUUGUGACAGACGGAGAUAUUUGGCCGUUCUUUGGUUCAUGUUGCAUUUGUAUAAGGCCCAUACAUGGAUUUGUGUGUGCACCCCUAAUUGUGUACUUGACAUAAGUGUGCACAGGCAUUGUCACCACGUGGUGUAAAGAGCCUGGAACAGAGACCCAAAGGAAGAGUUUGAAGUUCAGUGUAGUAUCGGACAUUGAACAGGGAGUCCUUGAAGAGUUCUUGAAAUGUAUUGUGCAUCGAUGAGUUUUCCAGAUGUUGUCUGAAAAAAAGUGCUUAAGUGUCAUAUUGUAAACAGAAAUGUAUUUUGGGAUUACUAAAUAAAGUCAUGUAAAUGCAUAUGUGUCUUUCAAAUCAAUGUAUGUUAAAAAUGAAUUCAAUGGUGUACAUUAAAGAUGUAAAUGUUGUAAAGGA